GUCAUGGCUUCGCCAGAUGUACUGUCCGAAUUUUAUCGCUUGCAGAAUCAGCAGACGCAGGCGUUAUUGGAUGCCCUUGGACAGCUCGUCCAGGGUCAACGUGCACUGCAACACGAUGCGGCAGCCGCCGCUUCACCGCUACCGCAGCCACAACUCGCAGUUGCACCGCCUUUUAGGCACUACAACCCGGUGCACGAAUCGUGGACAGAAUGGUCCCGACAGUUCGCCUUCCAUCUAGCCGCCUACAGAAUUCCAGGAGACACUCAAAUGUGGUGCCGACGUUGUGUGCACCACAAGGCGAGACAUGCGAGGCUCACCACUGUAGAGAGACUUUGCAGAUACACGGUAUUUAGUUAGGUGAAAUAGUGUGUGUUGUUAUUCGAAACUUGUAUCAUUUUGAAGAUGGUUCAGACUUGUUACACUGCAGAUUCACAGUCAGCAUCUGAAUUAU